AUGUCGCUCCAAUCGACAUGGUCCUGCGUCAGACCAGCGGCCGCCCGGCGCGUGCCCACAGCCCCGCGAGCGGCGUUUAGCACCACGCCCUCGCGCAGCAGCAACAUCCCCCCCGAAUCGCCCUCCUAUAUCCGCCUCCCCAAGGUGCCGCAGUCGACCGAGACCAAGCCCGAGCGCGUGCGCGGCACGCUGCCUGUGCCGCGCGACGUCUUUGAGCGCCGCGAGGGCGACCGCAAGACGCGGCCCGACUACAUUGCCAAGACGGCGCCCCAGCGCGCCGGCGACCGCCCGCUCAACAGCGACACGCAGCGGUGGAAGAAGCAGCUCGCCGACAGCCGCCGGCAGAACCUCGAGGAGGGCCUGCAGGGCCUGUGGCGGCGCCACGAGACGCGGGAGCAGGGCAAGGCCGAGCGCACGCGCCGUCGGGAGGACGCCCUCCGGCGCGCCCACGAGGCCGCCGAGCCCAAGGCCGCCGUAAUGACCCGCGGCACCGUCCUCGCCUCCAUCGCCGACACCGCCGUGCACCCGGACCCGGAGCGCUUCGACAAGGCCGAGCGCAGCCGCGCGCGGGUGCUCGCCCAGGAGAGCGCCCGCCGCGACGCCCGCCGCGAUGCCCUCAUGGAGCUCUACAUCAACGCCUCCAGCUUCAUCGUCACCGAGGCCGAGCUCAAAGAGGAGAUUGACAAGCUCUUCCACGAGGACUACUUCCGCAAGCAGAGCGUCAAGGGCUACCGCCCCGGCGCCACCGAGAACGUCUGGGGCGUCUACGGCAAGCCGCCCGGCCUGGCGGCCAUGUUUGAGACGGUGACGAGGACCUCGACCAACGUGGCCAACGCGAGCGAAUCCGAGUUUGACCACUCCGUCAAGCGCACAAAGAAGAUUUCGGAAGAAUUGACCGGCGGCAAGAUGGCCUGA